AUGGUAGAUAGUUCAACUCAAAUUCCAACUCAAGAGCAAAUGCAAACCCCACAUACAUCAAGCAAGAAGAGUUCUAGAGGACAAGGACAAAGAGAGCGACGGCCAAACUGGACUAUACAAGAGGAUGAAGCAUUGUGUAAAUCUUGGUUACAUAUUUCUGAAGAUGCAGUAGUCGGUACAGAUCAACUGAGAGGGAGGUUAUGGGACCGAAUUAGAAUGGAAUUCAUAAACAACUUAAAACAAGAUGUUGGCAGAAAUCCAAAUGGGCUAAUGAAUCGGUGGUCGACCAUUCAACAAAGCGUUAGCAAGUUUUCGGGAUACCUCAGUGUGAUUGAACGAGCUCGUAUAAGUGGAUACAAUGCCGAAGAUAAUAUGGGAGCAGCAACAAAAUUAUAUUUUGAGAAAGAAAAUCAUCAUUUUAAGUGGGAGACUUGUUGGCUAAUUCUGAAGGACACUUCAAAAUGGUACCGUCAUGUCAACGACCAACGAGAAAAACAGAAAAGAACUUCUCAAAGAAAAAUGACAGAAAUUAAUUUGGAUGAUGAUGAUGACGUUGGAGAGUCCUCCAAUGCACAAACUCCAUCAACUGAGUAA